AUGCCACAUGUUGUUGUGAAGACUUCUUCCAACCACAAAUACGUUUUCACGCUGAGAACCCAUUCCUCAGUUGUUCCUGGCAGCAUCGCGUUCAGCUUGCCCCAGAGAAAAUGGGCUGGACUUUCCAUUGGACAAGAGAUAGAUGUUUCCUUAUACACUUUCGACAAGGCUAAGCAGUGUAUUGGCACAAUGACAGUUGAGAUAGAUUUUCUGCAGAAGAAGAACAUUGACUCCAACCCCUACGACACAGACAAGAUGGCUGCUGAAUUCAUCCAGCAAUUCAAUAGCCAAGCCUUCUCAGUAGGCCAGCAGCUUGUGUUCAGCUUCAAUGACAAACUUUUUGGCCUGUUGGUAAAGGACAUGGAAGCUAUGGACCCCAGCAUUCUCAAAGGAGAGUCUGGCGCAAGCAAAAAGCAGAAGAUUGAGGUUGGUUUGGUUCUUGGAAACAGUCAAGUUGCCUUUGAAAAAGCUGAGAACUCCCCUCUCAAUCUGAUUGGUAAAUCAAAAACCAAGGAGAACCGCCAGUCGAUCAUCAACCCAGACUGGAAUUUUGAGAAAAUGGGCAUUGGGGGCCUUGACAAAGAAUUCUCGGAUAUUUUCCGACGAGCUUUUGCUUCUCGAGUUUUUCCACCUGAAAUUGUGGAGCAGAUGGGCUGCAAGCAUGUGAAAGGCAUCCUCUUGUAUGGACCUCCAGGCUGUGGCAAAACACUUAUGGCGAGACAGAUUGGCAAGAUGCUGAAUGCCAGAGAACCAAAGGUGGUCAAUGGUCCAGAAAUCCUCAAUAAAUAUGUGGGCGAAUCUGAGGCCAACAUCCGCAAGCUGUUUGCUGAUGCAGAAGAAGAACAAAGAAGGCUUGGAGCAAACAGCGGUGUGCAUAUCAUCAUUUUUGAUGAGAUUGAUGCAAUCUGCAAGCAGAGAGGAAGCAUGGCGGGUAGCACUGGAGUCCAUGAUACUGUUGUAAACCAGUUGCUGUCUAAAAUUGAUGGAGUAGAGCAGCUCAAUAACAUCCUCGUGAUUGGAAUGACCAACAGACCUGACCUGAUUGAUGAGGCUCUGCUGAGACCAGGGAGACUGGAGGUGAAAAUGGAGAUUGGUUUGCCGGAUGAGAAGGGUCGAUUUCAGAUUCUUCAUAUCCACACAGUACGGAUGCGGGAACACCAGCUGCUGGCUGAAGAUGUGGACAUUGCAGAACUGGCAGUCGAGACUAAAAACUUCAGCGGUGCUGAAUUAGAAGGUUUAGUUCGAGCUGCUCAGUCUACUGCUAUGAACAGACACAUAAAGGCCAGCAACAAAGUGGAAGUGGAUAUGGAGAAGGCAGAGAGCUUGCGAGUGACAAGAGGAGACUUCUUUGCAUCUUUGGAGAAUGAUAUCAAACCAGCGUUUGGAACCAACCAGGAAGACUAUGCAAGCUACAUCAUGAAUGGUAUUAUUAAGUGGGGUGAUCCAGUAACAAGGGUAUUGGAUGAUGGGGAGCUGCUUGUUCAACAAACUAAGAACAGCGACCGCACUCCUUUGGUUAGCGUUCUUCUAGAAGGUCCUCCCCACAGUGGGAAGACUGCUUUAGCAGCAAAAAUAGCAGAAGAAUCCAACUUCCCCUUUAUCAAGAUCUGUUCUCCUGAUAAGAUGAUCGGAUUUUCUGAAACGGCCAAGUGCCAAGCUAUGAAGAAGGUACUUAAGCGUCCUACUCUUUUGCUUGAUUACAGUCCAAUUAUGUUCUCUAGUGGACAGAAAAGUGAAUUACCCUUGUGA